UUGGUUGUCGUCAGUCAUCUUUACAAAUGUCCGUGUGUUUGUUUGUGAGAUACACAACUAAACGGCUUUUAAACGCGUUAAACUGUGUAGCUAACGCUAAACUUUCGUUUGUGUACGCUAGCAGCGGCUAGCAGCUACGUAACUCCGGACGACAAUUAUACCGGCUUUUAACUUUGCCCUGCGUAGAAAGAGGAAGAAACGCACCUGCCACCACAGAAAAAGUUAUUUGAGGAGUCUGUAUAUUUAAGUCUUUAAUUCGGCAUAUGUAACUUAACGUGUUAUCGCUGUUGGAUUUAAUCGCCGGGUGAUAGUAAAAUGUUAAACAGCUAACGUUUAGCUAACUGCGUCAUUUACGUGAUCGUUGGGCUGAAGACGGACCCUGCUCACUGACGUCUGCAGUCACGGGACGCGUUAAAGCAGUUACCUGUCUCACCUGACGUUUUAUGACAUUCAACUAGGUCACUGUAUCACACCUGAACGCAGCAGAUGCAGCGGUCUAGCCCUCCACCUCCCAGCUGUUCCUCCACCUCUCACUGCUUCCCUCUCAGCCACCUCCACACAGCUGCAUGUGGAAGUGAGACUGCAGCUGAGCCACAGAAACACGAAGUGAGAGCAGGUAGCUCUCCUUCAGAUUUCUCCAGGAUGAGGUCCAUCUUGUGUUUCUACAUGUGCUACGCGCUGUGCCUGUGCCUCGGCCUGGCCUGCGUGGUGUGUGUGUGCGUGUGGAACAGCCAGUGGCGCGGCGGUUUCGCCUGGGACGGCUCGGGUCUGCAGUUCAACUGGCACCCCGUCCUGAUGGUAACGGGUCUGGUUGUGCUGUACGGCAACGGAGCUGUGCUGUACCGCAUUCCUCUGUCCUGGGGUCAUAAUAAAUUCCCCUGGAAGGUGGCGCAUGCUGCAGUGAUGCUUCUCGCGUUCGUCCUGUCAGUCGUGGGGCUUUGUGCUGUGUUUGACUUUCACAACAACAAUCACAUUGCCAACAUGUACUCCUUGCACAGCUGGAUUGGAAUCACUGCCACAGCCCUUUUCUGCACACAGUGGGUGUUUGGGAUGAUUGGCUUCCUCCUGCCCUGCACCCAGAUCUCUAUACGUAAACUCUUGAAACCAAUACAUGUGUGGUUUGGAAGCAUGAUACUGAUGCUCAGCAUCGUCGCCUGCAUCUCUGGAAUCAAUGAGAAGCUCUUCUUCGUUCUCAAAGGCAACAAUGGAAGUAAGCCGUAUGCUAACCUCCCACCUGAGGCUGUGAUGGGAAAUUCAUUAGGAGUUUUGAUUGUAGCUUUCGGCUUGGUCGUCCUAAAGAUUUUGUCCAAUCACGAAUGGAUGCGACCGGACUCCAGGCCUGAGGACGGGGUUUACGCGCCACUGCUUCAAGAAGACAACGAGUGAAGGAAAUUUGAAAAAAGAAAAAAAAAAAGCUCACUGCAUCACAUCCGUCCGUGCAAAAUCAGCUCAAUCAUCACAGAUAACAAGUGGCCUUUAAUUUUACACACACAAUAAGUUUAAAAGCUCUGUUUUGAAUGUACAAGCAGCUGCCUGUACAGUGUGAGAUUAUCUAUGUCUGUUGUGGAUGUAUGUAUUUAUUUGAAAUGUAUAUUUAAGAAAGCUUUUGUUGCCAAAGAAUUAAAAAAAACGUGUUUGAUCAAA